AUGCUAGUAUUUCUUCUCUUCUCAUUUAUCCACGUAACUUUGUCCAAAAUCAACGAUGAAUAUUGUUAUGGAGAUGGUGUGGUGAAUAAUAAAAAUGCCUGUCGAUUUUUUACAAUUGUAAUUGAUGGUGGAUCAACUGGCACUCGUCUGCAUUUAUAUAAAUUUUUGCACGAUCCAAAAACCGCAAAAAACGGCAUGCCUUUCAUCGUAGAAAAAGAGAUCUUUCAAGAGGUCAAACCUGGUCUCUCUUCCUAUCAUAAUGAUCCACAAGCUGCUGCAAAAUCAAUAAAUCCACUCCUAGAACGAGCCAGAAAAGAGGUACCUCACUACAUGUGGGAAAAAACACCGAUAACAUUGCGAGCCACCGCCGGACUUCGAUUGUUGCCCGGUCAUUUGGCGGAUGAUAUUCUGGAGCAAGUGGAGAGCGCGAUUUUCAAUUCGGGAUUUUUUGCCGCUUUCAGUGAGGCUGUUUCUGUGAUGUCGGGAAGUGAUGAGGGUGUUUUCAGCUGGUUUACGCUGAAUAUUUUGUUGGAGACACUUUUUACCAGUGAGUUUUUUUUUGAGAAUAAGAGAAAUUAGAAAUGAAAAAAAGUGAAAUGAUAGUUGAUUGAUAAAAAUUCACGUAUCAAUUUUGGGAAAUAAAUGUUUUUUUUUCAAAAUUAAUGAAAAACUCCAGUUUUGGUCUUGAAGCUAAAAAAUGUCUGAAAAAUUCAUUUUCAUCCUAAAUUUUGUUGAAAAAAUAUUCUAAAAUUCUGAAAAUCAAGAUUACACCUGUUUGAAAAAAGUUACUAUAAAUUUUUGAAAUUCAAGAUUUUUAAGCAAUUUUACUUCACAAACUAUACAAUUUGAUUGUAAAACUGAAAAUUCUUUCACAAAAAGUUCUUAUGAUAUGACCAAACCAAGGUCAUACAAAUCUAAUUCGGAAAUUUCACAAAAUUUCAAGUCCCCUUGGAUUUUCAUCCCCAAAAUCCUCAUAGUGUUUUUUCCAGACGAGCCCUCCUCUGCUCCCAACAAACCCCUAGCUCAUCGUUCUGUAGCCGCUUUCGACCUCGGCGGCGGUUCAACCCAACUCACAUUCUGGCCAAACAACGAGAAAAUCUUCGAGGAAACACCGGGUUACGAAAGGGAUAUCGAUUUUUUCGGACACCAUAUUCGACUUUUCACCCAUAGUUUUCUGGGAAACGGUUUGAUUGCUUCAAGACUCGCGAUUAUGCAGCAAGAAUCAUCUCAAGAGAAUGCUGAAAAUCAGCUGAAAACUAGCUGUAUGCCUGAUGGAUUUUCGAUUCGAAAUUGGGAGUAUUCAUUGAAACAUUGGCAAAUCAAUGGCUCGAAUAAUUAUGGAUUUGAAAAUUGCUAUAAAACUUCCAAAGAAUUUGUGAAAUCCAGUCAAAUUAUGCAACCAACUGAGCUAAUUAUUUCUGAAAAUUCCAAGCCAAUCUAUUUAUUUUCAUAUUUCUUUGAUCGAGGUCUGAAUUCAGAAUUGGUCAAGGAUACAAAUGGCGGAGAAAUUCAGUUGAAAGAUUUCAAAAAAGCAGCAGAGAUAGCGUGUGGAAGAGAGAGAUCAGAGAUUGAGAGACGGAAUGGUGAACAUUGGUGGGCGUGGCAAUGUUUGGAUUUGACUUAUAUUUAUUCACUUUUGAGAGAUGGUUAUGGAUUUGGAGAUGAGAAAAGGAUUGUGGUCGGUUUUUUAUUUCUAAAAUGCCACGUCAUGACUCAAUAUUUUUGCAGCUCGCCAAAAAGAUCAAAGAAAUGGAAGUGUCUUGGGGACAAGGUCUUGCCUUCUCCGUCGCCAAUCAAUUCCAAUAUUCCUCCAGCGGAAUAGCCGCCCAAAAACCCGCCGGCGCCGAAAAUUCGACAGUCGUCGAUCAAAUCUUCGAUAUGGUCUACACGGGAACAACUCACGUUUUAUCGUAUUUCAAUCUUAUAUCAGCCUAA